GGAUGUUGCCAUCCGCCUUGGGACAGCAGGUACGAUGGAACGCUACAGAGCGAUGAGAAGCAAGUGUAUAACAAAAAUUCGGGAAGCUCAAAGAAAAUAUGAAAUGCAGUCGGCUCAAUCUGCACUCAAGCAGCCCAAGAGAAUAUUCUCGUACAUAAACUAUAAAACAAGGAUACAUCAUUGGAUUCCUAACAUAAUUAAAGAAGGGAGUGAGUCUAAAAUGAUAGAGGAAAAUCAGGAAAAAGCAGAGGCUAUGGCUGACGAUUUUGGGAAAGUUUUCACUCAUGAAUCUCCUCUAGACGAAGAACCAGACCAAAAUAAAGAGUCAACAAACCACCUUCUCACCGUGGACUUCGAUCAAGACGAUGUGCUCAAGGCUCUUAGCACCUUAAACAUGGAAAAGUCAACAGGACCAGGUGAACUACACCUCAAAAUCUCGAGAUAUAUUGCACAAUAUAUCGCGGCCCCACUGACUGUGAUAUUCAAUAUGUCACUUGACCAUGGUGUGUUACCUAUGGACUGGAAGGAUGCAAUCGACACUCCCAUACAUCAAACAGGAUCAAGACAACUUCCAUCGAACUACAGACCUUAGUACAACACUUAAAAAAAGC